UUCUUAAACAAUCAUGGCAGCAUUUAAAAUCAUCUUGUGUCUUCUCUUUUAUAUUACAUUUGUUUCUUUGUUGCCAUUAAAGGCCACAUCAACAUCGAGAACACAAUCUGAAGCACUUAUUAAAUGGAAGAAUACCUUGUCACAAUCACCAUCUUCAUUGAAUUCUUGGUCUUCAAGAAACAUUCAGAAUCUCUGCAACUGGACCGGUAUUAUGUGCAAUGAAGGUGGUGUAGUUUACAAGAUUAGCCUCCCAAAUUCAUCGCUUUCGGGUACAUUAACAUACUUUCAGUUUUCUUCAUUUCCAAAUCUUACCCAUUUCGACUUAAACAAUAACGAAGUUAGCGGUGUGAUCCCAGCCGCCAUUCGCAACCUCUCGAGCAUUGUGUACUUGGAUUUGAGCUCGAAUCGUUUUGAAGAUGAAAUCCCAUCGGAGAUUGGAAGGCUAACACAAUUAAGAUAUCUUGAUCUUAAUAAUAAUAAUCUUAAUGGUGCUAUCCCAGUUCAAAUAAGUAAUCUUCAAAAGGUAUUGUACUUGAAUCUUGGAGGGAAUUACUUGACUGAUCCAAACUGGUCUGACUUUUCAUCUAUGCCAGCGUUGACUUUUCUCGGUCUUUACUAUAAUGAACUUGAAAAUGCAUUUCCUGAUUUUAUUCUCCAGUGCAAGAAGUUGACUAUUCUUGAUUUGUCAUUAAACCAUUUGAAUGGCUCAUUACCUAAAUCAAUUUACAAUCUUGCAAAAUUAAAAGAGCUUAGACUAGGAACCAACCAGUUUUCCGGUCCAAUUUUGCAGGAUUUAGGUUUAUUCCCCGAUCUUGAAGUCAUUGAAUAGUUUGAAAAUCUAUUUGAAGGAACAAUCCCUUCUUCUAUAGGUCAGCUUAAAAAUCUCCGGCACCUAGAUCUCCAUUCGAAUCAACUCAAUUCUUCAAUUCCUUAUGAGCUUGGAUUCUGUUCUAAUCUCACAUUCUUGGCCCUUGCUGGAAACUCAUUUACCGGCGAGUUGCCAUUGUCUCUGUCCAAUCUGACCCAGAUUACUGAUCUUGGUCUAUCUGAAAAUAACUUUUCUGGUGAAAUUUCUUCAGAAUUGGUCACCAAUUGGACUAGAUUGGUCUCUUUGCAGGUUCAAAAUAAUCUCUUCACCGGAACAAUCCCACGGGAGAUUGGUCUAUUGUCAGAUCUCACUCUUCUUUUUCUUUACAAUAAUAGUUUCACUGGCUCCAUUCCUUUGGAGAUUGGAAACUUGGAAAAUCUUCUAAGAUUGCAUCUUUCUGACAACCAGAUUUCAGGUCCACUACCCUCUACAAUCGGAAAAUUGGUUAAUCUUCAAUCUAUUAAGCUUCAUUCCAAUAAUCUCAGUGGAAUAAUUCCUGCAGACUUAGGCAAGAACAAUCCGUUUUUAACAACUGUUAGCUUUUCAAACAAUAGUUUCUCUGGAGAACUACCUUCGGGUUUGUGCAGUAGCUUUCGGUUUGAGCUGUUCACCGUGAAUGGCAAUAACUUCACAGGGUUGUUACCAGAUUGCAUAAAGAACUGCACGAGCCUACGUCGAAUCAGGCUAGAUGGAAACCAGUUCUAUGGGGACAUUUCACAAGUAUUUGGUGUCCAUCCUAAUCUCACAUACAUCAACCUCAGUGACAAUCUAUUUACAGGUGAAAUCAGUCCUGACUUUGGAAAUUUGCAAAACCUAACCAAUCUACAAUUGGAAAGGAACAGAAUCUUUGGAAAAAUCCCCCCCGAGCUUGGAGAUUUGCAACGAUUAGGCGCUCUACGACUAGAAUGGAACCAACUUUCUGGAAAAAUCCCAAGUGAACUAGGGAAAUUAAACAAUUUGUUCAAUCUCAAUCUCGGCAACAAUCUGUUAAGUGGACAAAUCCCUCAAAGUUUAGGCAACUUAACAAGUCUCCAAGAUCUCGAUCUAUCCGCAAACAAUCUGAAUGGAAGCAUACCAACAACAAUAGGAAAUUGUGUAAGGUUAACAAGCUUAAACUUGAGCAACAAUGAUUUUUCAGGAGAAGUACCAUCACAAAUCGGAAACUUAUUGGGAUUAAACUACCUCUUAGAUCUAAGCAGCAAUUCAUUCUCUGGAAGAAUUCCUCAAGAUCUGUCAAAGCUUAAGACACUUCAGAACCUCAACCUCUCACACAACAACUUCUCAGGUCAAAUUCCUCAAUCACUAGCUACAUCCAUGAUUAGCUUACAAUUUAUCGAUCUCUCGUACAAUAAUUUCUCCGGUCCAAUCCCAAACGUCGGUAUAUUCAAACAAGCACCAGCAGCAUCCUUUACCGGAAAUCCAAAUCUGUGUGGAUCCGAAAAAGGAAUAUCUCUGUGCAACAUCAAAAGCACAACAAAGAAAUCCAGAGAAAAUAAACUGAUUAUUUCAGUUCUCGUACCGGUUCUCAGUUUCGUUUUGAUAGCAACGCUGAUUGCUAUCUUCUGUAUAAUUACUCGACAAAGAUCAAAAGAUAUCGACGAAGAGACAACAGAUACUGAUACAAUUACCUUCGCUAAUAUCAUGAAUGCUACUGAAAACUUCGACGAGAAGUAUUGCAUUGGAAAAGGAAGCUUCGGAAGUGUGUACAAAGCGACAUUACCUACCGGACAGAUUGUGGCGGUGAAGCGGAUGAAGACGACGAGUACCGAUGAAGUUCCGUCGAAAAACAAGCAGAGCUUCGAGAACGAGAUACGAGCACUAACAGAAGUUCGUCACCGGAAUAUUAUCAAACUGUACGGCUACUGCUGCAAAGAAAGCAGGAUGUAUUUGGUGUAUGAAUAUAUGGAGAAGGGUAGUUUGGGAAAUGUACUUUAUGGAGUAGAGGCAAUAUUGAAUUUGGAUUGGGCUACGAGGGUUAACAUUGUCCAAGACCUUGCACACGCGUUAGCUUACUUGCAUCAUGACUGCAAUCCUCCUAUUGUUCAUCGGGACGUCUCAAUAAAUAAUGUUUUACUCGAGGCUGAGAUGGUUCCACGUUUGUCAGAUUUUGGGACGGCCAAGCUGUUGAACCCGGACUCGAGUAACUGGACAAGCGUUGCUGGAUCCUACGGUUACAUGGCACCAGAACUUGCACUCACGAUGAAGGUUACAGAGAAAUGCGACGUUUACAGCUUUGGAUUCGUAACGUUUGAGAUUAUGAUGGGGAGACAUCCUGGGGAACUUUUAACGUCUCUACAAUCGUCCUCAACCUCCCCAGAAAGUCUAGUUUUGUUGUUAAAAGAUAUCUUAGACCAAAGGCUUUUGCCUCCGACAGACAAAGAGACCGAACAAGUGGCACGUGUACUCAAUGUUGCUCUAGGUUGCACGCGUGUAUCACCAGAGUCAAGACCUUCAAUGCGCACCGUCGCCCAAGAACUAUCACCUAGGACUUAAUCCUUGCCUACCGAGCAUUUGUUACAAAAAUACAAAGAAACAUCCACGUUGUUUAUACAUACCUAAUUAUUUGGGCAUAGACAUGGGGAUUCCAAUCUAAACUACAAGGCAGCUCAAGGUGUUGUGAGGCCUGAAACAAUCUUUGCAGUUAACGCUGAUAAAAAUUUCAACACGAAUUAGUUUACCUUUAUAUGAAGUUUUGUUUUUAGCUUUAUAUCAAGCAAGUUUAUUAACUAAGUUCUUCGGUUAAUAUUUUGUUAACUAGGUUUAACAAUGUAAAUUAUAUAAUUUAUAACUAUAUAGAUAAUCUAAGGAGAAAGUGAAUA